UAAAAAUAUUAUAUAAACCCUAAGAACCAUGAAGAGAGUGCACCUACAGCCCCACAAGCAGAAAUCUGAUAUUCCAUACAUCUAUCAAAGGAUAUAAUGGAUAAGAAGCAGAUAGCCAUCGUGGGAGCCGGAAUUGCCGGUCUCCUUGCAUGUAAAUACUGUCUCUCCAAAGGAUUCAACCCCAUUGUCUUCGAGUUUGAAUCCGACAUUGGUGGCGUAUGGGCUAAAACCAUCAAAACCACUAGGCUCCAGAUACCCAAAACCAUGUAUCAGUUUUCUGAUUACCCGUGGCCGGCUUCUGUUACCGACGACUUCCCCACCCAACAAGAGAUGAUAGAUUAUAUCCGCUCAUACGCUACCCAUUUCAAUCUCAUACCCCACAUUAAGCUCCAGUCCCGAGUUAAGGGAAUAGACUACGAUGGACCAUCAUCGAAUACAUGGUCUCUUUGGAAUGGAACCGGAGAAGCAUUUCCACCGGAAGGCAAGUGGAACGUGACGGUUGAAAACGCUCAAACUGCCACUACCCAGGUUUACACGGUGGAUUUUGUGCUUCUAUGUGUGGGAAGAUUCAAAGAUGUUCCAAGCAUGCCCCAAUUCCCGGCGGGGAAGGGUCCAGAAGUUUUCCGAGGACGGGCUAUGCACUCAAUGGAAUACGCGGCCAUGGAUCACGACAAAGCUGAAGAGUUUGUGAAAGGAAAGAAGGUGGUCGUUGUGGGGUUCGGGAAAUCAGGACUUGAUAUUGCAAGGGAGUGCUCAUCUAUCAAUGGUCCAGAGCAUCCAUGUUCGAUAGUGUAUAGGCACGAUCAUUGGAAGCUAUCAGGAUGGUUUAUAUGGGGAAUUCCGUUGGUGGAUAUCAUGUUCAGUCGAAGCACGAUGCUUUCCGUUCAUAAGCCAGGGGAAGGUUUUCUACUUAGGCUUCUGGCCACAUUACUCUCACCUGUACGUUGGGGAAUCAUGACCCUCGUCGAAAGUUAUGCCAAAAUGACUCUUCCACUCUCCAAGUUUAACAUGGUACCACAACAUAGCCUCGCGAAAGACAUCUCCUCGGGUUUGGUUUUGAAUAUGCCAGAUCCCGACAAUUUCUUUGAUGCUGUCGACAAGGGAAGCAUCAAGUUGAAGAAAUCUCCAAGUUUUGAGUUUUAUGAAAAAGGGAUUUUCAUCAGUGACGACAACAUACACAUAGAAGCGGACAUAGUUAUUUUUGCUACUGGAUUCAAUGGUGUAGACAAACUCGCGCAUAUGUUUGAAUCAAGAACAUUUCGUCACUACAUUGCUGACUCACCUCGCGUCCCUCUUUACAGGGAAUCCAUUCAUACUAGGAUACCACAACUAGCGGUAAUUGGAUUUUCUGAUGGUCUUUCAAGCCUUUACACCUCUGAAAUGAACAGUCGAUGGGUGACGGCACUUCUAGAAGGCGCGGUUAAGCUACCAAGCGUCAAAGACAUGCAAAAAGACAUCAGCAGAUGGGACGAAUAUAUGAAACGAUCAUCUGGGGAAUACCAUACUCGAUCCGUCUUAGGUGGUAUAGAGAUUUGGUACAAUGACCUACUAUGCAAAGAUAUGGGCAUGAAUCCAAUAAGAAAGAAAGGACUAAUGGCUAACCUAUUUGAAGCUUAUGGUCCCAUGGACUAUGCCCAAGUAUGAGUCCAGUCCAUUUUCUAAAACUACUACCGGCCAUAAUGUACUUUUAUGUAAUUUUAAGUUAAUGUUGUGUUGUUAAGAUGUUAUAUACAUUUGAUAAUUAAGUUGAUGAUCAGCUUAUGUAAUUUGCAAUUUAAUUACUGUAAUAAAAUUAUGCAAUCUAUUAAAGUUUAAUUACACUUUAACUAAGAGGACAUCAUUAUGA